AGAAAAAAAUAAGUCUGACUGUCUCUUUUUUAGUCCUUGACAAUUCUGAAGAACCAAGUACUAACAUAAGGCACUAAGCUUAUCAAUGGAAGCUCUUCAACUUUGCACCAUUUUGAUCUCUUUCGUGCUCUCCCUCCUACCAUUGUUGCAAUUCUCUUGGGCUGCUCAUAUUGAUGCCAUAACUCCGAACCAAUCACUCAAAGAUGAUAGUAACCUUACUACUUUGAUUUCCCCGGGCCAAACAUUUGAGAUAGGCUUCUUCUCUCCCCCCGGAAAUUCAAAGAACAGGUACUUGGGAAUGUGGUACAAGAGGAAGCCUGAAACAAUUGUCUGGAUUGCCAACAGAAACACCCCGCUGACCGAGCCAAAUGGCGAAUUCGCCAUUAAUGCAGGGAAACUUGUUCUUCUCAAUAGCACAAGGAGCGUCAUUUGGUUCCCAAAUGUAUCAAGCAACGUUGCAAAUAGUCCGAUUGCUCUGCUUUUGGACAGGGGAAAUCUGGUGCUUCAAGAGCAAGAAAAUGCGAACAGUGACAUUUAUCUAUGGCAAAGCUUUGAUUAUCCUACUGACACACUCUUGAAUGGCAUGAAGCUUGGAUGGGACUUGAAUACUGGCUUCGAACGAUACUUGACAUCGUGGAAAAGCGCCGAUGAUCCAUCCAGUGGUGAUGUUACUUACAGGAUGAACGUAACCGGUGGGCUGUUUCAAAGUUCACUUAAGAUGGAUAUGACUAAAAAAUUUCGGUCGGGUAUAUGGAACGGAAUUCGAUUCAGUGGAGUGAAAGAGCAGCUUGUGCUAACCGUUUUCAAUAUUGUACAUGUAUUUAAUGAGGAGGAGGCAUACCUAAUGGUUAAGCGUACUGACAACUCUACGAUUUCGCUAGCACAGUUGAAUUAUUCGGGUUUCGUGCAGCAUCUUGUUUUGCUGAAUGAAACUUCUAAAUGGACUGCUAUGUACACAUCGCCAACUGAUGAACAAUGUGAUAGUUAUGGCCACUGCGGCGCUAAUGCAAUGUGUACAAGUGGUCAAUAUCCAAUACUAUGCGACUGUUUAACGGGCUACACACCAAGCUCUGAAGAAGAAUGGAGAGGUCUAACUUGGUCCAAGGGAUGCGUGAGGAAGACCCCAUUAGGUUGCGAAAAAGGAGAAGGAUUUGAAAAGGUUGCCGAGGUAAAAUUGCCAGACUUGUUGGAUUUUUCAUUUAACAAGAAUAUGAACCUUAGAGAAUGCAAGGAGGCUUGCUUGAACAACUGUUCUUGUAUCGCUUUUGCUAAUUCUGAUAUCACGAAAGGAGGCAGUGGCUGCUUGAGGUGGUUUGGUGACUUGAUUGAUAUCCGAGAUAUGCCGGCGAAAGGUAGCGAACAAGAUCUCUAUAUACGACUCUCUGCUGCAGAAAUGAAAUCAAUCCGUGAUGCGAAUAAGAAGAAAACACUAAAAAUCAUCUUGUCGGCUUCGUUGAGCACUGGAGCGUUUAUGUUUUGUGUCGCAUUCUGGUGCAUAAGGUGGAAACUGAGAAAAAGGGUAAAAGGUAAAAGCAAGGAUGAAGAUGUAGACCUGCCUACAUUUGAUUUGGCUGCAAUUGUUGCAGCUACAAACAACUUUUCCGCAGCAAAUAUUAUAGGAUCUGGUGGAUUCGGUCCUGUUUAUAAGGGGAAACUUUCUACAGGACAAGAUCUUGCAGUGAAGAGACUGUCAAAGAAUUCAGGACAGGGUUUUACAGAGUUCAAGAAUGAAGUCGAAUUGAUUGUAAAGCUUCAACAUAGGAAUCUUGUUGCUCUUUUGGGUUGUUGUAUUCAAAAGGAAGAAAGAAUAUUGAUCUAUGAGUACAUGCCAAAUAAGAGCUUGGACCAUUACAUCUUUGAUGGCAAAAGAUGCACAACACUGCCGUGGCACAAGCACUUCAACAUUAUCCGAGGCAUUGCAAGAGGUCUUCUUUACCUACACCAAGAUUCUAAACUUCGGAUUGUUCACCGAGAUCUCAAAGCGAGUAAUAUUUUGCUAGACAACAAUCUUGACCCUAAGAUUUCAGAUUUCGGUUUGGCUAGGAUUUUCGGUGAUGAUGAUAGAGAAGAGAAAACAAAAAGAAUUGUUGGAACAUAUGGCUACAUAUCACCAGAGUACGUAAUUGAUGGGAAGUUCUCUGUCAAAUCAGAUGUUUUCAGCUUUGGUGUGGUCAUGUUAGAGACCGUUAGCGGUAAAAAGAAUAGAAGCUUCAAUCACAAAAAUCACCAGCAUAACCUUUUGGGACAUGCAUGGUUGCUGUGGAAUCAAGGCAAAGCCUUGGAUCUAAUGAACGUGUGUUUCAAUGAUUCAUACGUCGAAUCUCAGGUGCUGAGAUGCAUUCAAGUGGGUUUGUUAUGUGUCCAAAAGUUCCCAUACGACAGACCAACAAUGUCGUCCGUGGUUUUCAUGUUGGAAAAUGAGGGAUCUAUCUUGCCUCAACCUAAAGAGCCUGGUUUCUUCAUGGAAAGGAGUUCAAUGGAAGAGGGCUCCACAUCAGAAUAUUCACGUUCUAAAAACAUAGUGACUGUAACGCUUCCGAGUGGUAGAUAGAUUGAUCAUGAUCAUAUUAUCCUUUAAUGACUUUUUGCUGGAAGAUUUAUAAUAUUGUUCGACCAUCAAAUUGCUGAAGCAUGGCUCUCUCUGCUUUCAACGCUGCUACGCCCGGGGCCGCAGCGCUCGGCUUUAUUUUUUAUUUUUAUUUUUAUUUUUUUUUCUUCUUCUUUUUCUCUCCUUUUUUCAGUCAUGAUUAGGC